CAAUGACAUCCUUAGAUAUUCGUUCACUGCUUGUAUUCUCUGCCAUUUUUCGAGUUAUUUUGAUUGUGUAUGGAGAGUGGCAAGAUACUCAUAUGGAGGUUAGAUACACUGAUGUUGACUACCUUGUCUUUUCUGAUGCUGCUGCUUUAAUGGCUGUGGGUGAUUCCCCCUAUAAGAGAACCACUUAUCGCUAUUCCCCUUUGCUUGCCUUUCUUCUCAUUCCAAAUUCAUUUAUCCAUCGCUCCUGGGGAAAGUUCCUUUUCUCUGCUUCAGAUAUACUUGUAGGAUAUUUCAUAUAUUAUAUUCUAAAGCUACGGAAGGCUCCAGAAAAUAUGUGCAACAUUUCUGUCAUGGCAUGGCUCUUUAAUCCAUUUACCUUCACCAUUGGGACACGUGGAAACUGUGAUCCUAUUGUUUGUGCAGUGAUAUUGUGGAUCAUGAUCUGUCUUUUGAAAGGUAAUGUGUUACAGUCAGCAUUUUGGUAUGGACUUGUUGUCCAUUUCAGGAUUUAUCCUAUAAUUUACUCUAUUCCUAUAAUCCUGGUUCUUGAUCCGAACUUCUUCCCAUCUAAUCAGAAACCUGUCCUAAGGAACUGGAGUGCUGUUCAAGGAGAGAGACCUAAAGAUGGAAGUGGCUCGCAUACUUUACACAAUCUAUUUAAAAGCAUAUUCACGUGGAACAGGGUGGUAUUUGGAUUGGUCUCAGGAUUGGUUUUCCUCUUUUGUACUGGUCUUUUCUACUGUUUAUAUGAGUGGGAAUUCCUACACGAGGCUCUGUUGUACCAUCUUACUAGAACUGAUCCAAGGCAUAACUUCUCCAUCUAUUUCUAUCACAUAUAUCUUCAUUAUGGGUAUGAUACUUCAGUGGUGGAAAAGCUUAUCUCCUUUUUGCCCCAAUUUUUGGUUCAGCUGGUUCUUAUCUUCUGCUUUGCACAAGAUUUGCCAUUUUGCAUAUUUGUGCAGACCGUGGCCUUUGUGGCAUUCAAUAAGGUGAUUACAGCUCAGUAUUUUGUUUGGUUCUUUUGCUUGUUGCCUCUAAUACUUCCUUGGAGUAAAAUGAAACUUAGAUGGGAUGGGUUAUCUUGCAUUCUUUUGUGGAUUGGGGCUCAGACCCAUUGGUUGAUGUGGGGCUACCUGCUUGAGUUCAAGGGUAAAAAUGUCUUCUUGCAGCUUUGGGCAGCAAGCUUACUGUUUCUAGCAGCCAACAUAUACAUCCUUGUCAUGAUUAUUCGUAACCAUAGAUAUGCUUCAGUUUUCAAAGCUUUAGAGUAUGCUAACUCCAAGAAUGCAGCUAAGCUUGAAUGAUGAUGGGGGACAUAGAAGAGGAGGAUACCACACGUAGCGGUCAACCUCGCUAUAGCGGGAUAAAUUAUAGAGGGGUAGUCACUAUUUUAAAUUUUUUAUGUAGUUUAUAUCAUGUAUACUAAACACAUUUAUAUUAACAAUGAUCUUAACAAAAAAUACAAAAAUAUACUAACGAGUCAAAUCAAGUUUCCUAUAUAGGAAUAACUAAUGAUUCAUCACUCUUUUUAAAUCUACUAGAAGUUGUUAAGAGUUUGAGAUUUAGAAUAUAAUGUCUUUGUUUAGAUUUUUUUUUUCUUUGAAAUUAACACAUGCUGCCGUGAAAAUUGUUUUAGCUCACUAUUUGGUCAACUAUGACUGUUGCACUAAAUUGCUGCACUAGCUUCACUAUGAACUCCUAUAGUUGACAAGGGCCACUCUCCCA